GGAUAUAGACAGACCUCUAUUCUUUACAUCUAUCCUACUCACGUCAAAUCAGUCUCUGCCCGAGCCUGAUCAGGACCGCGUCCAUCAUGUCAGACCCCAAGUAUAAGAAGGCGAGAGGCGAACUGAGCGGAUCACACCAUCAAAGCCAUCUCAAUGCUCAAGAGAACCUGCGGGCUCGAGAAGCUGCGAACCAAAGGUCGUCUCGACGUAUUUCUCAAAAUACUGAGAGACCUAGACAUUCACUCAGUACUAGGAACCGUGCUACUGUUCAGCAGGAUAGGGAUCCUGAAAGCACUCCGAGUUCUGGGAGAGGUGAAGCCACAAUAACACCUAACAGCUCUGAAGAAAUGGUUUCCGGUCGCAAUGUCAUGGAGCCAAAGGAAACCCGACCCGAACUUGUGUCAGAUAAGUCAAGGACCAACGAAUCUCCCGAAGCAAAGGUUCGGAAACUUGAAUCACAGAUUCGGGAAGUACGAGAAAAUUCAGAUAGACUUUCAAACGUCAUAUACGAAAAAGAUAAUGAAAUUACCCAGCUACGGAACCAGAGAAUCACACUGUUCGAAGAAUUGCAACAAGCUAUUUCUGACCGCAGGGAUUUUGCUAGAUGUCAGGACGAACUUGCCAGGGCGCAGCGCGCGCUGAGUAUGAUGCGAGAAGAAAUAGGAACGUUAAAUGGGCUACUUGAUGAUGCCUCUGCGCAGACGAGUGAUUUGCGCGCCCAAUUGAGAGAUUUACGCUUUCAACUGGAUGGGGCGCUUGACAGGGGAGCAGAACUAUUAGCCGAGAACCGCCAACUCAGGGAAGACAAUCGACGACUUCUUGUGAGGGUCAAUGAGCUCCAGCAAGAGAUUACACGUAUAAGCGAAGAAUUAGACCUUUGUGGUCGGCGUCUUGCCACAUUUGAAGAACAAGCUGGUCGCCCAGUUAGUGGCCCGAGAGAUUCAACUCCAGAAACUUCAUCAGUAGAGGCACAGAAUGGCGGCUCUAUUAGUAUGAGAAGAGUUCGUCCUCUUUUCGGAAAUGAUCAGCUUGUUAGGGAAAGACCGUUGAAAAACGGAACAUUCAAAAAAGAAUAUGUCAGGAAGAAGUAAGGUAAAACGGAAGCUCUAUUUUAUGUUUUUAUGUGAUUUAGCUUGCGGCCUUUCGGGGGACAUUUAGAGUAUAUGUGAGAUUGCUGGGAGGAUUUUAUUGCGUCACAAUGUCUUGAUGUUACAGACGGUGGUGGUGGUGUAUUCAUACGCUUACCUCUCCCCUUGAGUUGUUUAUAAACCACUAAGGUUUAUGGUCUGUGCUAUAAACGGCUAACGUAGUACCGC